CAAAUCAUUACAAUCCUUCUGUAACACUGCGUAUUCUUAUUUUAUUAGGGCUCGGUGGCUUUGAUUUUCAGCGUCCGAAUUCGAACAAUGGAGGUUUCCGGGGUUGUUUUACGGCGACUUCCAUGCUUUUCAGGCGCCGGAGUCGAUUUCAACGAUCACUACUCUCCUUCAAAACCCUCUUUCACCAGCUUGUCUGUCGACGCCGGAGCUAGGUUUUCCGGCGAACUUCGGUCAUUGGUUCAUCGAGACUCGAGGGUUUCUGUGAAAUCCAGAAAGUUUUCUGGGUUUUCGAGUUCGGGGUUUUGUGAUGACGGUCAUGUACAGUAUUACUCUGGGUCGACGUCUACGAUCAGGUGCAGUGGUGGGAAGAGAGAGAAAGCAAAGGAGAAGGAAAAGGUAAAGGAUACCAUGGCGAAGGAGAUGAAGAAGAGAUUGAAAUUGCUGAAGGGGUUGCGAAGGGACCUGUCCACUUUCUCUGAGAUGGGUUUUGGCUUGGAUCCUGAUCAUGGUUUGGUUGAUCAAGUGAAGGGGAAGAUGAUAUCGGAAGCAGCAGAGCUAUUGCUUGGACAACUAGAACGUAUAAGAGCAGAGGAGAAAGAAUUGAAGAGGAAGAAGAAAGAAGAAAAUGCCAAAUUGAAGUCUAUGCGUAUGCAAACCAGGCUUGAAUGUGAAGAAUCGUCCAACUCUUCUUCAGAAUCAAGCAACAGUGAAUGUGGCGAGGUUGUUGACAUGAGCCGCCUGAGAAGUGGAGGCCUACCACAACCAAUUCCAAAUGCAUUACAACUAGAAGCGACAUCAACCUUUUCUAGUACGUUCACCUCAGAAGGAAGCAUGACAGAGAUAAAACCAGUUACUCAAGAAGCAGUGUUAACGCUUCCAAGCACUCCGACCCAAGGGGUUCUUGAUGUCUGUGGUUUGACACAGAUGCAAUCAGUUAGUGAAGAAGCAGUGUUAAUGCUUCCUAGCACACUGAUCCGAGGCGGAAACUUGGCUGAAGAAAGGUGUCCUGAAGUUCGCGGUUUAAAUGAUUCUGAGCGAGAAUGCUGCAGUGGAACAAGUACCAUUUGUAGCAAUUUAGGCAGUGUUGGUAGUGAUGAUGGACAUAGCUUAGUUACAGGAGCAUCAAUGAAGGCAAUUGAAGUCUGCAUGGGUGGUAAAUGUAAGAAAUCUGGUGCAGCAGCACUACUGGAGGAAUUUCAGAAGGUGGUUGGUGUUGAAACUGCUGUUUCUGGGUGCAAGUGCAUGGGCAAGUGCAGGGAUGGUCCUAAUGUGAGGGUCUGUAAUGAUGGGGGGAUUCAAGCCGACUCCGUCAGGACUCCAACUAAUCCUCUCUACAUUGGUGUUGGUUUGGAGGAUGUGGGCUUAAUUGUGGCAAAUUUUUUUGGAGGAAAUGAGAACAAAUUGGAUCUGGCUGCUGCAUCAUAGGUGUGUAUAUCCUGAGACUUGUUUGGUGUUGGGUUGUAGAGAAGGCUUCAGCAUUUAUGUGUGCUAAUGUACAUAGUUAAGAUUAGUUAAGCAAGAUAAACCUAUUUUUCAAUCAUUUGGAUUGGCACAUGAUCGCAUUAUUCUGAAUGAUAUUCCCUGUAAUAUACGGUGAUCAUCCAUACCUAUAUAUUUAGAUGAUGAUUUGAUUUAUUUUUCCCUUAUUUGGUUUGAUUAAUGAAGGCAUAGUCAAGUUACGAUGAUAAGGGCAUCCGCUAAGCAAUAAGAUUUUUUUUCAC